GCGUUACGGAAAGUAAAGUGUUUCCGGCUCCGGUGUCAUGGCCGGCUCCUACUCUGAAGGUGCACCUGCAGUCCUCGCCGAUAAGAGGCAGCAGUUCGGAAGCCGGUUCCUGAGCGAUCCGGCGCGCGUCUUCCACCACAAUGCCUGGGACAAUGUGGAGUGGUCGGAAGAGCAAGCCGCGGCGGCGGAGAGAAAAGUCCAGGAGAACAGUAUCCAGCGAGUGUGCCAGGAGAAACAAGUUGAUUAUGAGAUCAAUGCCCACAAAUACUGGAAUGACUUCUACAAAAUCCACGAAAAUGGGUUUUUCAAGGAUAGACAUUGGCUUUUUACCGAAUUCCCUGAGCUGGCACCUAGCCAAAAUCAAAAUCAUUUGAAGGAUUGGUUCUUGGAGAACAAGAGGAGUGAAGUACCUGAAUGUAGAAACAAUGAGGAUGGACCUGGUUUAAUAAUGGAAGAACAGCACAAGUGUUCUUCAAAGAGCCUUGAACAUAAAACACAGACACCUCCUGUGGAGGAGAAUGUAGCUCAGAAAAUUAGUGACCUGGAAAUUUGUGCUGAUGAGUUUCCUGGAUCUUCAGCCACAUACCGAAUACUGGAGGUUGGCUGUGGUGUGGGAAACACAGUCUUUCCAAUUUUACAAACAAACAAUGACCCAGGACUCUUUGUUUACUGCUGUGAUUUUUCUUCCACAGCUAUAGAACUGGUCCAGACAAAUACAGAAUAUGAUCCUUCUCGGUGUUUUGCCUUUGUUCACGACCUGUGUGAUGAAGAGAAGAGUUACCCGGUGCCCAAGGGCAGUCUUGAUAUUAUCAUUCUCAUAUUUGUUCUUUCAGCAAUUGUUCCAGACAAGAUGCAGAAGGCUAUCAACAGGCUGAGCAGGCUUCUGAAACCUGGGGGGAUGAUACUUCUGCGAGAUUACGGCCGCUAUGACAUGGCUCAGCUUCGGUUUAAAAAAGGUCAGUGUCUAUCUGGAAAUUUCUAUGUGAGAGGUGAUGGAACCAGAGUUUACUUCUUCACACAAGAGGAACUGGACACACUUUUCACCACUGCUGGACUGGAAAAAGUUCAGAACCUGGUGGACCGCCGACUGCAGGUGAACCGAGGGAAGCAACUGACAAUGUACCGGGUUUGGAUUCAGUGCAAAUACUGCAAGCCCCUUCUGUCCAGCACCAACUGAGAGGCACCUGCUGCCAACACGAUGCAAGCCCAUUGUGUUUCCGGGCUUUUAAAAAAAAAAAUUUGUAGCACCGGGCAUGGUGGUGCAUGCCUAUAAUCCAGCCACUCAGGAGACUGAGGCGGGGAGGAUCCAUUGAGCCCAGGAUCCAGCCUGGGCAAAAUAGUGAGAGACCCUGUAUCUGAAAGUAAUAAUAAAAAUAAAAAGAAUAUAAAUGAGGUCUCCUUGAUGUUGGACAAUUCAAGAAUUCAGGCUUGAACCUUAAACCUAGGAAAAGUUACUUUGUAUCAGGAGUCUAACAAUUAUGCUUUAUAUUUGUGAAGUCCUUUAAAACAUAAUUUUCUCAAGUUCUUUCUUUGAGAUCUCAAUCUGUCUUAGCAUUUUGUAACUAAUAACUGAAAUUUUAUUCAAAGGAAUUGUAAACCUUAAACCACCAAUUUAUUUCCAUGUGAAAAAGUGUUAUAUAUGACAAGUGUUUUUUGACUGUAAUUGCGUUAAAUCUUUUGAGAGUGUAAAUGCCCGGCUAGGCAAUUGCAGUUAAUACAUACAGAGGUUAGUGAAGGGCUUAUUAAGUUGUAGGGGAAACAAGCUGGAAAGAAUCAGAUCAGAUUUUUCCUGACAAAAAAAAAUGACCCUAUAGAGAGCAUCAAAAUGUGGUGUUCUUGUUAAGUAAUUGAUCGUGGUUUUCACUUUAUCUUAGUUCCGCCAGGCGUGGUGGCUCACGCCUGUAAUCCCAGCACUUUGGGAGGCCAAGGCAGGCAGAUCACCUGAGGUCAGGAGUUCGAGACCAGCGUGGCCAACAUGGUGAAACCUCAUCUCUACUAAAGACAAAAAAAUUAGCUGGGCGUUGUUGAUAGGUGCCUGUAAUCCAGCUACUCGGGAGGCUGAGGCAGGAGAAUCACUUGAACCCAGGAGGCAGAGGUUGCAGUGAGCUGAGAUUGCACCACUACACUCCAACCUGGGCAACAAAGCAAGACUCUGUCUCAAAAAAAUAAAAAUAAAAAAAAUCUUA